UUGACUUGCACCGCGGCGCGCAAAAAAAGGAGCAUGGACGACGAGGCCGACCCUGCGCUGCAGUUCUUCCCCGAUGGCGAGGUGGACCUGUACGGGGCGCUGGGCCUGACAAAGGAUGCGAGCGAGGACGACAUCAAGCGCGCCUAUCGCAAGCUCGCGCUCAAGUACCACCCGGACAAGCAGCGCACCUCCUCAGCAGCCUCAUCGUCUGCGGCGGCGGCGGAAGAUGCCAGCGCCCGGUUCCAGCAGAUUGGCUUCUCCUACGCCGUGCUCUCGUCUGCCUCGAGGCGCAAGCGCUACGACGCGACGGGCCGCACCGACGAGAGCAUGUUCGGCGACGGCGAUGGCGAGAUGGACUGGAACGCCUACUUCAAGGAGCUCUGGACCGGUGAAGUGAAUGCCGACACGCUCGAGAGCUUUCGCAAAAAGUACAGAGAAUCCGACGAGGAGAAGGAGGACAUCAUCGAGGCGUACAAGACCACAAAAGGAUCGCUCCUCGACAUGGUCGACCACGUGCCCUACCUCUCGCUGCGCCAGGACAAGGCGCGGACGGAAUCAAUCAUCGAGGAAGCCAUCAAGGCGGGCGCCCUGACGCGCACUAAGAAAUGGGACAAGGAGCGCAAGGACGGCUCGCUGAUCGAAAAGGCCGAAAAGAAGGAGAAAAAGGAGGAGGAAGAGGCAAAGGAAAUGGCCAGGGAGAUGGGCGUGUACGAGGAACUAUUUGAGGGAAAGAAGAAGCCGGUUGCUUCGACGACGAAAAAGGGGGCCUCGAAGAGCAAGAGAAAGGCCGGCGACAAGGAGGAGGAGGAGGAGGCUGAGGAGGACUUCUCGGCGCUGCAAAUGAUCAUGGCAAAGAGGAACAAGGAGCGGGGCAGCCAGCUCGACGGUCUCGUAGCCAAGCUUGAAGCAGAAGCUGCUGCCAAGGGUGGCUCAAAGAAGAAAAAGUCGGGCAGCGCCACGGUGUCGAAGAAAGAACAGGACUUCUAUCCCGAGCCGACCGACGAGGAGUUUGAGAAGGCACGAGCGCGACUGGACAAGAAGCGAGCAAAGAAGUGAGGGCGAGGUCUUUCACCUCGCGUUGAUGAAUUGCAAGCACCGAAAAAAGGGCUCUCUCUUAUCUUCAUACAUACGAAUGCUGUACACAUACUCUCAUCAUCCAUCAUCCAUCAUCUAGGCAAUCUCCCAGUCCAACCGCUUGCCCCAGCCGCCCUCCUUGAUGGCGACGCUGAUCUGCUCGACGUCCUUGUCGC